UCUUUCUGCAACAAUUGGGAAUUCUUAAGGCUACAGAGCACCUGGAUUCCUCAGGACUGGCAGGCAGGCAUGCUUCGGCGUUCCUGAGCACAGGCCACGCUUGAUCCCCGCAAAGCCUGCUUUUUCUGCUCUGUUUUUGUGGGUUCGUAACCCAUCAGGGUGGGACUGGCCAGGAUGAGUAGUAGUGGGAUAGUCCUGAGCGCCCCGCUUUCCGAGGAAAGUACAGCAUUCACCCCUCUGAAGCCUGUGGUGAUGUCUAGAGAAACAAACGAAGACCCGUCUGUCUUUGAGGACAUCAAGCCACCUGUGCGGAUGCUGGAGACCCCCCAGGAUUUGGCCCAGGCCCGUUCGGAGAUGGACAAGUACCUCUCGGGGCAAUCUCUCCCAGCGCCUGCCUUGCCAGACAAGAAGUACCGGCGGGAGAGUGCCUCGGUGGUGGACGAGUAUUUCUCCACUGAAAAACCCUCUCCGUACAGUGUGAACAUCAACGUGAUCUUGCCGGACACCACCCACCUGCGGACGGGCCUCUACCGCCCGGCCAAGCCUUUGGUUCCAUUUCCUGUGGUCAAGAUGGAGCCAGACACCUGCUUUACCCAGCCCUGCUCUUCCUCCUCUUCCUCCUCCUCCUCUGUGUCCACUCAGGCCUUGCCGGACUUCACCAGCGUCUUCAGCCUGCCCCAGUCGGUGUCCGCAAGCGGCAUCUUUGUCAAGCAAGAGGCACCUUCUGAGAUCCCGCUCUCACUGUAUCAGUUGCCCAUCGGCACCGGAGGCAGCGCAGGGGAGAUGACGACCAUGGCCCACUCCACCUGCGGCACCACCGCAAUCAGCACCAUCCAUGGUGUGGCCAUGUCCACCGGCACCAACUCUGCUUUGGCCUCUCGGCAUGCUGCCAAGCCCUUCCCGGUGGCCUCUCCGAGUGGGUUUGGCUUGCUCGGUGAAUACUACCCCACGCCAAGUGUCCACUUGCCCCCGUCACCCCCCAACUCUCAGCCUGGGAGCCCUGAAAACCAGCCGGAGCUGAUCAACGCCCUCUCGCCUCCACCGCCCUACGAAUGCACCUUCGGGCUCAGGGCCCCUGCGCUCAACAAUGGCCUUGGGACCCUCACCCAGGGCCAUGCCGUGCUGCAGACCCCCAAAUACAACCGGAGGAACAACCCCGAGCUGGAGAAGAGGAGGAUUCACCAUUGCGACUAUCCAGGUUGCCCAAAGGUUUACACCAAAAGUUCCCACCUGAAAGCGCACCAGAGGACCCACACCGGUGAGAAGCCCUACAAAUGUACCUGGGAGGGCUGCGACUGGCGCUUUGCCCGCUCGGAUGAACUCACCCGGCAUUACCGCAAGCACACCGGGGCCAAGCCCUUCAAGUGCCUGGCCUGCGGGCGCUGCUUCUCCCGCUCGGACCACCUGGCCCUCCACAUGAAGCGGCACCAGAACUGAACCCCUUCCUCCUCCUCCUCUCCUGGCCUCCUUCCUUCUCUCCCUCUUCCUCUUGCCUCUGCUUUGGACACAGGAACCCAGCAGCGAUCAAAGGCCACUGACAGUCCUGGCAGCCAGCUGAUGCCACAGGAUGUUCUGGGUAGAGGGGUUAUUGCUCCCAGGAAGGAACAGAACCACAGGUGGGAAGCUUCCAUCUCUCCCCUGGACUCUGGAGGAACGUGCUAUUUAUUUCUGCCUCUCUCGGCUUCCUAGGAAAACCUCUGCAUCACCUUGUGCUCUUCAUAAUCCUGCAGGACUUUGGUGGGCUUGCCUUGGCAUGAAACGUCAUCAGUGCAGAAAGGAAGACACUCCCAAAACUCAUUGGCACGAGGUUUCCUCCAAGGCAUUUUUUGCAGAGAGAGAUCCAUAUGCUUCUUUUUGCCAGAAGCAUGUAAACAACAUCCCAGUGAAGGCCUUACCUUUGGAUUGUCAUCUCUUUCUAUGAACCACGGAGGGAAAUAGCGAUGCAGAGAAACCAUAAUGCUGUGCCUGCAGCAUACAACCCUGGGAUGGACUGAGAACCCUCACCUAUUUUGGUGGAUUUCAAAGCCUCUGUGGAAACAGGACUGAAAACAAAGCAAGGAACAAUGUCUUUGUGGGAUGCUUUUCUCACCGUCUCCAGCUUAAAGGCUCAACUGAACUAGAUAGUACUUUCUCUCCUCUUCAGCUUGAGCAUUGGAAACGGACUUGCUCUUUGCUUUGAACUUUUUAGGGAGGAGGAAGACUGGAUGGGCACGGAGGUCCCUUUCCUCACCCUUUUUCCUCGCCCUCAGUUUUGACAAAGGGCUACGUGUCCAGCUUUGCACGUGAAACCAUCCUGUCAUGAUUGUACAUUGUGUCCUUAAAUCCUUCUCGACUUACGGUGGUCCUUCCAGGGGCGUUUCUUGCCCAGUUUAGUUCUGCAGAACCCAAAACAAAGGGUUGCCCAACUCUGAGGGCAUGCCUCCCUUUGCUACAUACCUAUUGCCUUGUGCUCAUCUGUAAUGCAGUGCCUUCAUGAAUCAGCUGGGGUUUUGGGGGAGAUAUGUCUAUCACAUUUCCCAUUUGUUGCCAUUAGAAUAAGUACUGGGAAGGGAUUGAUACACGAGAAUGCAGGAACAUCAAAGGGAUGGUGCCUUUUUGUGCCAAGUCUUCCCUCCGCCUCUCCUUUUCUGUGCCAAAUUGCAUCCCUCCCUUGAGAGGAAAAAAUACACAUUUUCUAUGUAGGAAGAGCAUGGGUUGAGUGUGAGAUCCAUGCUUUUACUUACUUACUUACUUACUUACUUACUUACUUACUUAGGCGAUCCCUCGUUGGCCGAGUAGGAUAGACUUCCAGGAUCAGUAUUCCGGUGGGUCCGUAGGUAACUGUGGAGCCCUGUUCUUGCUCUGCAUGUUCUCCCACAGUGAGGGCAUUGGUUUCCAGGUAGAAGGCGGUCUCAGUCGGGGUUGGCUUGACGCGCCUUCCUCUUGGCACGUUUCUCUCUUUCGCCCUCUAUUCGUGCCUCUUCAAAUUCUGCAGCACUGCUGGUCACAGCUGACCAUCAACUGGAGCGUUCAAGGGUCAGGGCUUCCCAGUUCUCAGUGUCUAUGCCAGAGAUUUUAAGGCUGGCUUUGAGCCCAUCUUUAAAUCUUUUUUUCCUGUCCACCAACAUUGUUUUCCAUUCUUGACUUCAGAGUAGAGCAACUGCUUUGGGAAAUGGUGAUCAGGCAUCCGGACAACGUGGCCGGUCCAGCGGAGUUGAUGGCGGAGGACCAUCGCUUCAAUGCUGGUGGCCUUUGCUUCUUCCAGCACGCUGACGUUUGUCCGCCUGUCUUCCCAAGAGAUUUGUAGGAUUUUCCGGAGGCAGUGCUGAUGGAAUCAUUCCGGGAGUUGCAUGUGAUGUCUGUAGACAGUCCACGUCUCGCAGGCAUAUAGCAGGGUUGGGAGAACAAUAGCUUUAUAAGCAAGCACCUUGAUAUCCCUACGGAUGUCCCAGUCCUCAAACACUCUCUGCUUCAUUUGGAAAAAUGCUGCACUUGCAGAGCUCAGGCGCUGUUGUAUUUCGGUGUCGAUGCAGAAUGUCAGUCACAGUAAGACUCUGGAAGAUCCUGAAGUUGAAAUCAAGCUUGCAGCAACAAUACGCCGGAGACAAAUGAUUUAUUUCCUUCUUUACUCAAUCCCUCAAAGACAGUUCUAAAGUUUCCCACUUAAACACCCUAUAACAGCCCAACUCCCAUCCGCCCUCUAGUGGCCAAACACUGUGUCAACUGCAAUUUCUAUUUCCUUCACAAAACAGUGACUUCUCCACCUCCCUUCUCUAUGACAAAGAACCAAAGCAGCCAGUUCCAGGCUGAUAUAGUGAUCCUGACAGUGGGCAAUUUUGACUAUGUUUUUCUCAUUGUGCAAAGACUGCAAUUCAGGGUGUGUUCUAUGCAAAAUGUGUAGUUAUUGUGCAAAGAAAGAAGUGAUUUCUGUGCAGUUUUCCGUAUGGAAAAUACUUCUAUGCACAAUUUCUCCUUUCCAUAUCGCUUUGUGUGAAGAAAAUGCUCUCUCCUUUGCCAAAAAGGUUGUUGAAUACCAGAUUCCAAGAGUAUCGCAUUGGGGUCCAAUUUAGGGUCUCUCCUGACACCUCUCUCAAUUCUUUUCUUUUCGCCAAAAUUAAAGCACAGACUCUUUGCAAACAUUUGUGGCCUUCUGCCCAUCGUUCCCUGUUCAAAAUGCUACAGCGAACACAAUCAAGGGCUUCUUCGUUCACCCUGAAAGGGUGGGACUUUGUAUAUAGAACUGUACAGAAUUUUGUAUAUGCAAACCAGGAGGGAUAAAGAGUCCCGUGUGUAGUUAUGUGUGCGAGUGUGUUUGGGAGAACCACAAAAAGGAGACCUGCAGGAGGGAAGUGUGCAUUUUGUAAUUUAGACGGAAUUAUGUCGGCAUUUUGUAACAGGACUCUAAGGUUAACAGGAGGGAAGCAUUCCUCCUUCCAAAGACUGAGGCUUCCAAAUGCUUCUGCUUGGUUGUGCCCAACGGAGAGCUUGCAGAAUACUACAAUUCGGGUACUUUGGUGUGUAAUAUUGGUUGCAAAGGGAUACGGGGAGGCAAUAUGGCCCAUAGAAGUCCCAAAAAACAGUGACAUAUGCAGCCUAUAGAGAAUUUGGGGGCAAAAUAUUUAUUGUUGUGUAUUGUAUGGGGCCAGUCAAUGUGUGUGGCUCUUUCUUUGAAAGUCCCAUAUAGCCCCAUAGCCCCCAAUAGUUGCCAUAUAAGGAGAUGUAUAGAUAUAACGGCGCUCCAUGCAGUCAUGCCAGCCACAUGACCUUAGCCACAUGACAACACCGGCUCUUUGGUUUAGAAAUGGAGAUGUGCACCACACCCCAGAGUCGGACACAACUGGACUUAGUGUCAGGGGAAAACCUUUACCUAUAGAUAUAUACAUAUCUAAAUGUAUAUYUUUUGCAGCAGGUUAAACCACUGAGCUGCUGAACUUGUGGACCAAAAGGUUGGCAGUUUGAAUCCGGAGAGUGGGGUGAGCURCUGAUGUUAGCCCCAGCUUCUGCCAACCUAGCAGUUCAAAAACAUYCAGAWGUGAGAUCUAUAGGUACUGCCUUGGUGGGAAGAUAAUGGCACUCCAUGCAGUCAUGCUGGCCACAUGCCCUUGAAGGUGUCUACGGACAARGCCGGCUCUUCGAUUUAGAAAUGGAGAUGAGCACCACACCCCAGAGUCGGACACAACUGGACUUAAUGUCAGGGGAAAACCUUUACCUUUACCUAUAGAUAUAUACAUAUCUAAAUGUAUAUGUAUUUAUAUGUAUUUAUAUGCAUACACAGGAGCCCCCAGUUGUGCAACAGGUUAAACCACUGAGCUGUUGAACUUACUGAUCAAAAGGUUGGCAGUUUGAAUCCGGAGAGCGGGGUGAGCUCCUGCUGUUAGCCCCAGCUUCUGCCAACCUAGCAGUUCGAAAACAUGCAAAUGUGAAAUCAAUAGGUACUACCUUGGUGGGAAGAUAAUGGCACUCCAUGUGGUCAUGCUGGCCACAUGACCUUGAAGGUGUCUACGGACAACGCCGGCUCUUUGGCAUAGAAAUGGAGAUGAGCACGACCCCUGAGUCGGACACGACUAGACUUAAUGUCAAGGGAGCACAUGUACCUUUACUUAUAUGCAUACACACACAUAUAUGGCAUCCAGAAACACUUAAUGCAUUGGUAUCUUUACUCAGACAGUGGGAAUAGGUGAGCGUUAGUUUUCUUUGAGCUGGCACAAAGACUCACACCAAACUCCAGAAGCAAAGAAGGAAGGAGGAUUCGUUCCUUUUCGCCUCACAAGGAGAGCCAUGACUCUCCUUUGGUGGCAUCAUAUGUAAUGGUUGGGAGCAUUGCAUAUAAGACUAGGAUGUCUUUGGAAGAAGGAAUCUUUCUCCUCUGCCAUUUUUUAUUUACUAAAAAGAGAAAAAUAAAAUACAAACAAAACAUCCGGGUUGUGAGUUCCAGUAGGAGCUCUGUGUGUAUAUUGGGUUUUUUUUGGAAUUUAUAUAUAAAACGGAAUAAAAGAUUUGUAUC